AUGGCUGAAAAACUAGAUAAAUUGUUCAUCAAGGAACAAGCAUCAGAGGAACCCAAGGCACUUCCAGCUGGUCCAUUUGCGGGUGGAAAUCCUAUACCUGAACCAGAGGAAGGCACCACAGAAGGCUUUGGUGUCGUCGUUGGAAAACCACCAGACUCAGAAGGUGAGGGGGCCGGUGCAAAUAAUGAAUCUGGAACUACUGUAGGUGGAGCAAUAAGUAGUACUCUUAUCACAGAAGCAGAUUCCCACAAUACUGGUGCAAGGCUAGAGAGAUCAGUCCUCCGGGAGAAUAAAGUUGCUAAUUAUCAGAAUGAGAUUCUAACCUUGAUUCUUUUUGAGGAUACAGAUGCUGCUCUCAGUGAAGAUCAUGGUUUUAUAUCUACAAUACAACAACUUGCAGAGACUGCCAAACAACCCAUGAUCUUAACAAGCAAUAGUAACAAUCCUGUCGUUCCUAAGAGUUUGGACAGGUUAGAGUUAAAUUUUGCUGUACCAUCACUGAAGGAGCUAUUUGGACUUGUCCGAGUGAAUGAUUCAUUAAUUACUGUCAAGGAGACAUUCGCAAAACCAUCAUGCAUCUCCAGCUUUGGUGCCAAGGCCAAUCUCCUAUGGAAGUGGACGGAGGCAUUGAGUGGAUGGUUGCCUCCAUCCACAGAAAUUCCUUCGUCCACUUGGAUGGAGGCAUUACUUGCCUCCAUCCAUUUGGAUGGAGAAGUGGAUGGACCUUGCCUCCAUCCACUUGGAUGGAGGUAUUUGGAUGAAGGCAAAUGA